AUGACAAAUACAUGGAACAAGAGUGUUACAGAAGUCACGUUAUUAGAACGGUUGCAUCACAAACGCUUGGCGAGCUCUACUUUAGUUACCGAGGAAAUCACCAUUCCUAAUUCUCAUUCUCAAUCAGAGUCUAAUAUGGACUCCACGUUGAAUAUUGAUGGUCAGGAUAUGAACUUGCCCCUUAUUCUUUCCCCCUCUAAGAGUGUUGAGAAAACAGAAACAGAGGGUAGGAAACUCCAUCCUUCAUCUAUUAGAACCACAUUAAGAUCUAAGAGGAAGGUGGUUGGGGAGAAACUUGUUUCCCUUGAAGGAGUUAUGAAUUACCCUGAUAAAGUGAUCGAAUUGUCUUUUCCGAAAUGCAAGAGGACCACUCAUGGGGGUGAAUCAAAAUCUCGUGGGAUUCCAUCGUCUGGUGGUCAUUCUUCUUCUGAGGAACCUACAUCCGAACCAACUAAGACAACUUAUCUUCAUGAGUACCUGACGGUUACCGAUCCCGAUCUGAAGCAUGCCGAGGAGAAUGCUGAAGCUGUGGUGUGUGCCAUGUGA